AUGGCCUCAUCAGGGGCAGCGACAGCGGUCACUUUUGGCCGCGGAAACAGGCGCAACGAUGAAGAUAUCGAAUACCCGUUUAUUCUGCCUCAACUGCCCCAAGGACGAUUGGCGAUUAAUACCGUGUUUUUGCACGGUGAUGUGCGUGCGAGACCUUACAAGGUCGAAGAUUUCAGGGACGCCCUGCUGCCGACAGGUUUGCUGCCUGAGGUACUAUGCAUAGGGGCGUACCAGAUUAACCACGUCUGGGCGGUGACCCUCAAGGAUGCGACCGCCACAAAACGACUGUUGGCCCUCAAGGAACUACAAGUAAAGGGACGACGGUGCGUCAUCGUUGACCCGCAGGACCAGCAGGUGAAGCUUCGGCUUCACUGGCUGCUGUACGGCGUCGCCGACGAGGACGUCCGCACGGCGUUCGCAGCUUUCGGCAAGGUCGAGGAAGUGAGCCGGGAGAGGUGGCGUGUCCAAGGCAUGGGAGAAAAGACGUCAACCACAAGGACCGUGCUGCUGAAGCUGAAAAGUGGCGUCAAGGUGGAGGACCUCCCUCACCAGGUCCGCGUCGGCGACGAUUCGGCCACGUCGACGCUGACUGUGUGAAAUCCUACGCCGCCGUGACAGGCCCAGCUGCGAAUGACGUUGCGGCAGAGCACGUCAUGGACGUUGUGGAGGCGGAGGACGCUGCCAAAGGAGCUGGAGACCUGGUGCCGUCACCGACAAGCAAUGGUACGCCGAACGAGGGUGCAGACGGCAAGUUGGCCGAGGCUGCUGAGAAGCCGAG